AUGACGGUUAUUGUGAGAGGAACACUCGUCUCGAAUUCCGUGAAGUUGUUGUUAGAAAAGUUUGUUUCUACUGAGUUUGUGGACAACUUCGGGAGCACAAAGCUUGAAGUUUCAUACUUGAAAAAGCUGAAGACAACACUAACAUGGGUUCAAGAUAUACUCAAUGAUGCCGAGGAACAAAAUGUUUUUGAAGUUGCCAAUUUGCUUGACGAAAUCAACACUGAGGCAUUGCGACGCAAAGCGGAAGCCGAAUAUGAAAUCCUAACUUCUUCCUCUCUAGUGUUGAAAACUAUUUUUUCUCCUUUCAAACGGCUUAGUAGUGUGAUUAAUUUUAAAAUGCAAAAAUUUAUUGAAAGAUUAGAAUGGUUGAAUUCAGCAUUACAACAAGGCGGGUUAGCUGUUUUCCAUUCUAGCACUUUAAUGCAGGGAGAGCAGGAAGUAGGAUCAUCAUCACAACACGAGAAGAAAGAGUUGCACUAUCCAUGCAUACAUUUGUUUUUGUUCACUAUUUGA